AUGGUCGUUGCAGUGGGGUGGAAAAUUCCCGAGUUGGUUAGUGUGUUCGGCAAGCGAAAAUUUACUUGUGAAGAUGUACCUUCGUUUUUCUCUUUGUUUUUUUUUCCUUCGCAUUAUCGUUUCGUCUGUCGUGUACUUGCCUUCUCUCCUCUGCAUUUGGUUCACCUUUAUUCUCUGGUUAUAAACGAUACCAUUUCCUACAGUUUUGUAUAUUCUGUGUUCCCUUACUUCUUUUCGCUUUUUUUUUUUGAUUUAUAUCUCGUAGGGAUUCCUGCUGUGGCGAUGAGCGGUGUCAGCAGCAGCGAGUGGAAGGACAUGAAGGGCGUGACGUUGCGCCCUGCGACGAUGUCUUAUCUAACGGAAUGCGCAGGGUUUCGAUAUAUGGCACCUGUUCAGGCACGCACCAUUCCACUGCUUUUGGGUAACUACGAUGUUGUGGUUGAAGCCAUUACUGGAAGCGGGAAAACUUUGGCUUAUUUGAUCCCAUGCUUAGAAAUGCUGCAGUACGAUCGUGUGGUGGAAGUGUGCAAGGAUCGCAAGGACGCGGUUGUUUCCGUUAUAGUGCUUCCUUCCCGUGAGCUUGCUCAGCAAGUGCACCAACUGGCUAAAAAGAUGUUGCACUAUGUAUCGUACGACUACCUAGGUGGCAAAAAUGGGUUGCCUAAAUACUCAUGCCAGUGCUACAUUGGUGGUCGUGACAUUAAGUUGGAUGUUGACAUGUUUAGUAGGACCGGUGGUAAUGUUUUAAUUGGGACACCAGGAAGGCUUUAUGAGUUGUUGGUCUCCUCAAAGCACUCAGGCCUUUUCAACCUUACGUCUUUUGAGCUCCUCAUAUUGGAUGAGGCCGAUAGGUUGCUUGAAUUUGGCUUCAAGGCAAAACUUGACGCAAUACUCAAGCGGCUCCCGAAGCAGCGGCGUACUGGGCUCUUUAGCGCCACGCAAACAAAGGAAUUAGCGGAGUUGGCUCGCGCAGGCAUGCGGAACCCCGUGUCUGUUGCUGUGCGUGUGAACUCGCUUAAUUCGGCAAUGACGAAUGCAGCGAAACCACAAAUCCCAGAGUUGCUGUCAAACUACUACACAUUUACGAGGGCAUCGGAGAAACUUGAUCGUCUACUGGAGUUCCUCAGCAAGCGGCGAGAGCAGAAGGUGAUUGUGUACGUGAUGACCUGCGCCAGCGUGGACUGGCUUUAUGCGUGCCUUGUUGGCAUUCUGCUGAAGGACGAUGCUGACAAUGUUUUUGCUCUUCAUGGGCAGAUGAAACUGGAGAAGCGGCAGCGUGUUCACCGCGCCGUCACAAAGCGAAAUCGUUGCGUUCUCGUGUGUACAGAUGUGGCGGCGCGCGGUUUAGACAUUCCGGAGGUUGGCGUAGUUGUGCAGUACGACCCGCCAGUUGACCCCGCUACGUUCAUCCAUCGUAUCGGACGCACAGCCCGAAUGGGACGCCAGGGUGAAACUCUCGUGUUUCUUAUGCCUCACGAGUUGGAGUAUGUUGCGUUCAUGAAGCUGCAGAAUGUUUCAUUACUCCCAUACAAUGAGGAAAAGGAUGACAUCGGUGAGGCUCAGAAGGUAGUUGAGGAAAUGAAUGUUAGGCGUACGCUCACAAGUUCACUGCAGGAGAAAAGAAAGUCCCUCCACAGGGCCCAGAAGGAGCAACGAAUGAGUCGCAAGGAGCGCCGCGCAAUGCUUCAGGAGGAGCGAAAUGCGAAAAGUGCAACUACGCGGCGGACGAGGAAGGAAGUGCAUGGAGAUUUGUGCGAGAGCCCGGCCAUUCUCGAACUUCGGAGGGCCGUUCGACAGCAGGAAAACAAAAAGAUAUUGGACCUUGCGGCGCGCGCCUUUGUCUCGUUUAUUCGUGCCUACAAGGAACACGAGUGUAGGUAUAUAUUCCAACUCCAGUUGAUCGACCUCACUGACCUCACACAUAGUUUUGCCCUCUUCAAAGUUCCGAACUGUGGAGAAAUCAAGCACAUGCGCAUUCUAAAAAUUCCGCUUCAGGAAGAACUCACGGAUAUCAUGGAGAUCAUAAAUCAGCAAACUCGUGAGAAGCGAGAACGUGAGACACAGGAACGGGAGGAAAAGAGACGACGUGUAGAGGGUGACGAAGACGAACAUGGUGAAGCUUCCGCUAAGCGACACCGUACAGAGCGCAACGAGAAGCUGGAGGCUCUCAAAUUAGCGAAAAUGUCCCGUGGGGAGCGCAGUCGUACGAUGAAGCAAGUGGAGAUUGAUGAACUUCUAAAGGACAGCUACUACGUAAAGAAGGAACGCAGAGGUGAGGUCAGUGGUCGUACCGUCGAUGCCAUCAUGGGUGUAGAUGCUAUUGAAAAUGCACUGAUGAGUUCUCGGGAACGGCAAGAGGCAAAGCGGGUUCGCCGGGCAGUGAAAUGA